AUGGGAAGAGUUAAAGAUGCAGAUGAGCUGUUUGAGAAAAUACCUGAAAAGAAUGUUGUUAUUUGGUCCAUCAUGGUCCAUGGAUAUUCUAAAAAUGGUUUACACAAAAAAUCAGUCGAAUGUUUCACCUCAAUGAGAAAUGCUGGUUUAGUGCCUAACUCAUUUACCAUUGUGGGUGUUCUUGUUGGGAUCUCAGGAUUGAAGGACUUAAUACUUGGACAAUUAGUACAUGGACUGAUAGUGAAGUUGGGGUGGGAAGAUAAUUCAUUUGUGGGCACUUCCCUUCUAGAGGUUUAUGCAAAGUGUGGAAAUGUAACGGAUUCUUGCAAGAUUUUUGAGGACAUAAAAUGUGAAGGUUUGGUUCCAUGGAAUGCAAUGAUCAGUGCAUUUGUAUAUAAUGGACUCAUUGAAGAGGCUUUCUUGUUAUUUAAUAGGUCUAGGAAGUAUGGUUUGUUUCCUAACUCAAUGACGGUUAUGGCGUUGACGCAGAGUUGUGUGGCUAUGGGAUCCAAGUGUCUGUUUGAAUCAGUUCAUGCCAUGGUUAUUAAGUUUGGUCUUGUGUCUGAUACACAGGUCAACAAUUCACUUCUUUUUCUGUAUUCAAGUUUGAUGGAGUUACCUGCUGCUUGGGAGAUUUUCGAUACAAUGGAGGAGAAAGAUGUCAUCAGUUGGUCAACGAUGAUGAGUUUACUGCUUCACCUAGAAUAUGCUUCAGAUGCUACAAAGCUUUUCUUCCAUAUGAGAGUUUCUGGGGUUGAUUAUGAUCACCUCAUCCUAAUGAAUCUCAUUUCAGCUUGUGGAAUUUUGGGCAACUUGAAGAUGGGAAAAUCUGUUCAUGCUCAAGUAAUAACUCAUGGUUUUGGAUCAGAGCUUCCUUUACUUAAUGCCAUGAUUACCAUGUAUGCAAGAUGCGAGGACUUGAAUUCUGCAAGAACCGUGUUUGAUCACUCAACCAUGAAGAGUAUGGUAUCAUGGACAUCUAUCAUUUCAGGACUUUUGCAUAAUGGAAGGCAGAGGGAGGCACUAGAUAUGUUCAUUCGGUUUAAAAUGGAAGAAAGUUUCUUAACUGAUUCGGUUCUUCUGGUGAGUGCACUAACUGCUGCUGGUGAAAUGGUUGCUCCAGAACUCUGCAUGCAGCUCCAUUGCCAUACUAUAAAAACAGGGCUUACAAACUAUAGAAGUAUACAAAAUUGCCUCAUAACAACCUACUCGAACUGUGGGGAUGUUGAACUUGCAAACAAUGUUUUUGUGCGAAUGGGAUCUCUUCGUGAUAUUGUAUCAUGGAAUUCUAUUAUAAACGGGUAUGGUAUCAAUGGCCAUGGAGAAGCUGCUCUCUCCCUGUUCCAUGAGUUCAGAGAGAGUGGAGGAACACCUGAUAGUGCUACUUACUUGAGCAUUUUGAGUGCUUGUAGUCAUUCAGGAUUGGCAAGUGAUGGUUUGUUGAUUUUCAGUCGGAUAAUAGAAGAAAAUAGAAUUAGAGUUAGCGCAGAACAUUAUGGUUGUAUAGCUGAUUUGCUUGCUCGGGCAGGUUACUUGCCUUACUUGCCUGAUGUAAGUUCACUCUUGGAUGGAGAUGGUAAGACUCUUUGGAAGGGUAUGUUGAACGCAUGUGCACGUAAUAGUGAUUUAAAAUUAGCAGAAUUUGCUGCAAGAAAGUUUCAUGAGCAGAUUAAAAAGGAUCCUGGUCAACUUGUACUACUCUCAAAUCUUUAUGCAUCAGUUGGGAGAUUUAAAGAUGCAGAAGCCUUGAGGUUGAGCAUGGACACACAGAAAUUGAUAAAAGUUCCAGGAUUCAGUAAUCUCACUGGAGAUCUAUAG